AUAUGGUCUCAAUCAAGAAGAUACUAUGCAAAGUUGAAUAAUGAUAAACUUGGCGAUAGAAUGAAGAACUUGGAGACAUCAAUGAAUACAUUGCAGAUUGAAGGCAAUGUACCAUUCAUCAUACGUCUAGAUGGUCAUGGCUUUAGUAAAUUCACCAAGCAGUUCAACAAGCCUUGGGACAUCAGAGUCCACAAUGCAAUGAUACAGACUGCACAGAUAUUGAUGAAGGAGUUUACACCAAGUCUGACGUAUACAUUCAGUGAUGAGAUAACAUUGUGCUUUGUAUCACUGCCAGAGGAAGAGUAUCAAAAGAAGUUGACGGCCAAUUUCAAUAGGUCACAGAUACCAUUCAAUGGCAAGGUACAAAAGUUGGUCAGUCUCUCUGCAGGCAUUGCAUCCACCGCCUUCUACAAGGCCAUCAGCGAACAAUCAUACGACGCCGAUGGCAAACUCGGAGAUUACAUCAAAACUAGUAUGCCACACUUUGACGCUCGUAUCUUUGUAUUGCCAUCAAACAAGGAGGUUUUGGAUAACUUGGUAUGGAGGAGUGUGAUUGAUUGCAGGAGGAACUCAUUGUCUGGACUGGCACAGGCAAACUUCCAUCACAAACUAAUCAUGGGAAAGGAUGGCAGAGCAUAG